CGUGCAGCAUAGUCGUGCAGCAUACUACGGCCAUUCGUUGAGAUCGGUAACAACAGCAAUACCCGGAAACUGACGAUGAGUCUCCAAGACUUUUAUAACGCAGCAGUGGAAGAGCUUGACAUUGAGGCGUACACCUCCUGCGAGUUCACACCCAUGGAAGAAGGGGAACCUUUGGACAACUUCGCAAGUAAUUCUUGUGACAAUUGGAAACCCGAAGAAGAGUGUCUACUCAGACAACUGUUUGAAUUCUUCAAGGAAAAGGGACCAAAAGUGCCUCGGUUCAUAAGUGCUGAACUAAAAAAACACAAAGUAUAUUAUAACUGUAACCAAGUUGAGCAAAAGCUGUUGCAACUUGGGUUUCAGUUAUGUUCAGUGCCAAAUCAGAACAACCACACCUUAAUAAGAGGGCGUAAUUUCACGGAAGUGGAGGACAUCGAAAUUUGCAGGGCGUGGAAAGCGGUCUCAAACGAUGCUUCAAUAGGGACGGAUCAAACGAGAACCUCAUUUUGGGCAAGAAUUCAAACUUACGCUGCGCGUUAUCAGCCAGCAUUGGCAGCAAGAGCACCAGAUGCUCUCCGGCAGCGCUUCGGGUUCCUAAAAAAACAUGUACAGAAGUACUUAGACUGCGAGGUUUUCGCAUUCAGAAACCAAACAAGCGGAACAUCUCGAGAGGACGUCUUGUCAAUAGCGACUCGGAAGUUCAUGAUGCAAAAUAAUUUAAAAGAAUUUAAGUUACAGGGGUGUAUAGACGUAUUGCGUAAUGAACCCAAGUUUUGUACGAGCGUUAUCCCGACAAAAACCAACGGUUUGUAUUCUCAUUCGGUUGAAGGACAUAGGGCCGAAUAG